AUGGACGAACUCCUCAACUUGGGCCGCGGCAAGGCGACUGGGACUGUGAAGGGCAACAUCGAUAAGUUCGAGAGCCUGACCGUCAGCGAGUCCGCCGAAAAGCCUCGCUCCAACAGCACCAAGUCAAAGCGAUCACUCAUCGAGGUCGCGUCUUCUUCCAGUAAUGAUGACCAAAGUCUUCGCACCUCUUUCGACACAGCGCCAUCUGUCAAGUCAAAGGCUUCUUCGGCAACAUCGAUGACGACUGAUCCUCCGACCAAUAAGCAAAAGAAGCGCGAAUCGAUUGCCUUCGUCCAAAAGUCUUACCUAGCCCAGAACACCAGCAAAGAGCAAGACACGCUGCCAGAUGAUGCACGAGAAAUCCUGAAGAGCCAGCCAGAUUACGAAGACCUCCUGGCCGUUUUGCAGUACCUCGAGUGCGGGAUCCAGGACAAGCACGACUUCAACAUUCACAAGUCGGGUCCCAAGGCAGCACAAAUCGUCAAUGCAAUUGUCACAGUGACAAUUCCAGAUCACUGGCCGGUUCUUCGUAUCCACAAAUUGCCCAAGAGACAAGCCGAGCUUAAGAGGCUGGUCGUCCUCAACCUUCGAAGUGUAGCCGGCAUUGGUGCGCUGCUCAUGCAAGUCCGAAGCCUGGGCAACAUCAGACGCGCAGAUAAUACAGUGCUGGAAGACACGCUGUGCGUUCUCGAGCUCGUACUGCACGGCAACAAGUUUCUGCACAAUGCGCUGCGUCAAACCAGAAAGCUCUGUCCGAAGGAAAUCGACCGAAGAAUCACAUGGCAGGAGGUAGUUGGGUUGAUGGGCGGUAGCAAGAUCCUCUCCACUGUAGCUCAAGCAACAAGCACGACAGGUAUUUCGUCUAGCAAGCUGCAGUGGCUAAGCGAUGGCAUCAGCUACAGCAAGUGGCUUGCAAACAAUGUCUCUGUCACUGCUGGCCUCCUAAGUAUUGAAGACGGCGAGGCGUGGACCAUGCUGGCACUGGUAGCGAAGCGAGCAUUGAACUUGGGUUAUCGUGAUGCGUUCGUUUCGGAGCUGUACCAUUCACUCUUGCUAGGCAGAGCAGCACUCUGGACUCCGCUUCGACAGCUGCUACACUAUCUCACGGACAACGAACAACGCCAGUUCUUCGACGCAAUGCUGCGGGACCUCGUCAGAAAGUAUCUACGGUAUGGACCAGUAACACAUUCAAUGCAGAAGAACGGGCUUGAGAGCGAGAAGAAUGUCGGAGGAGUGGCAGCAAUGGUUGCGGGAGUGAUGAAGAAUAAUUCUGUGCUGGACGAUCACCUGGUCGAGUGGUUGACAAGCAACAAAGGAGACUUUGCUAAUCUUGGGUUGGACACUCGUCGGGCUGUCAUCGCCACGCUCGCGUUGCGACAAGACAAGCUGCAGACAAUGCUUGACAAGUGCCUGGAGAAUUUUGGCAACAAGACACAGAUCCAGCAUAGCCCUAUUUUGCAGCAGGAGUCUACGGCCGAGAUCAUACUCCUAGUGGUUGGCUAUCUUAACCGACAGGAGCCAGAAUCAAUCAAACAGCUUGCUAAAUCUGGUCUGUUCUUGCGCACGGUAUCCAAUCGUCUUUCUGCAUCUGUUCGACGUGCCAGAUUCUUAGGCAUGAUAGUUGCGACUGCCAUAAGCAGACUUGGAGACGGGCAGGAGAAAGCCAUGAGCUUUGGGACGGAAGAGCUUGAGACGGAAAGUGCGAAGAAAUGGCUCGAUCUAGUCAAUGUGGAGGACAAGGUAGGCACUCUUGACGACCUCAAAUUGCCAGUCGAUGAGCCAGAUCCGAUGGUGGUUGAUCUGCCGGCACCUGUUCCCACGGCAAAGAAGCCCGCGCAGGCAGAGCGUUCCAAGAUCAUCGCCAUCGCGGAAAUCUCAGAUGAGGACGACAACGACGAAAUAUCCGAAGACGAAGACCUCGUCCCCUACCACAAGCCAGACGACGACCCAGAAGAUUCAGACGAUGACCCAACACUGGUCAACCGCAACAAGCCUGUGGCCCCGGUCUAUAUUAUCGACCUUGUCAAGCAGCUUCAGUCAGGCGAAGACAAACUCGACGUCGUCGAGCUUGCGCUGAAGACCGCGCCUUCACUCAUCCGCCGCAAGGCAGACUUUGGCACGGAAGUCUCGGACAACAUCCAGGCUCUGGCUUCUGCGCUGAUCAACCUCAAGUCGCCGGCUGUCGAUAGCGAUGAGAUGCAUGGACUACGUCUACAGUCUCUCAUCGCUCGCACCCUGCUGGCGGCGAUGUGCUUCGAGGGCGACUUCUCGCUUGACCAGCGCGCUAGCAUACUCAGCACGCUCGGACUCGGCGCGCGUGAGAUUUCGGGCAUGUCUAUGCUUGCCAGCCCUUCUACCGCGAGCCCCGGCCAAGCCAUCGAAGCAGAAGCAGACUCUUUCCCAUCAAAGCGCCUCCCAUCGAGGUCCAAAGAUUCACAGCUACAACGCCGCAUUCCCUCAGCCUACACCGCGCCCCUGACAACCGCGACAGACCAAAUCACACACACGACCAUCCAGCCCCUCGCCCUGAAAGCAGCAGACAAGCUGUCCGGCCCGGACAUUCUCAAGAUCCGUACCUUCUCCUCGCGUCUUGAGGUCGAGAAGCGUCGGAACGAGAAGCAGGCCGCCAGAACCAAGAAAAUUCCUAGAGACCUACAUCGCGUGCUGGCGGGGGGGUUCUUCCUGCCGUUGGUGGGACGGAUGGUAUUGAUCUUGUCGUCAGCGGGUUCCGGAGGGAUGAUGGCCAGAGGGAGUGGACUGUUUGAUCCGAAUCUGGUGAGGCUGUUUCUGAACACGGUCGUGGUGGUGUUGAAUGCGCUAGGGCCGAAUGCGAUGUGGGAGGGUACGCUGGGGGAGGUGAUCCGUCAGGCGGUGCAGUUGUUGGUGAGCUUGCAGGCGAAAAAUCCGAGACUUAGCAUGGAUCCAGCGGUGUUGCCAGCGUGGAUGUUGUUGCUGUUGAGUGUGCUCGAGGUUGUAAUUGCGAAUGGGAGGGCAGGUGAGGAGAGAUUCUUAGGGGAGAAUGGGGAAGAGGUUGCGGGGUUGGUCGGGUGGGUCGGAGCGUUGUUGGAUCAGAGGGGAAACAGUGGUGGUGAGGUUAAGGUCAUGCUAGGGAGGGGUGACGAGGAGGAUGUGAAGGAAGAGGGACAGGCGGGGAUGGCAUGGAAUGUGCUGGCAGCGGGAGUGAUGGUGAGGUGGACAGAGAUUGCGGGCAGGUGGCAGGGGAGGGUUUUGGGACUGAUGGGGGUUGAGGGAUGGGACGGCGAUUCGUGA